GCUUUGGUCAGACCGGAUCCAGGGAAGAUUCCAAGAAUCGACAUUUUCUUGAACCAAAAAACCAAACAAAAGAGUCAACUACAAGAAAUCAGUCAUCCAACAACCAACAUCAAUGUUGGACUUCAUCAUUUGUUUCAGAAUCUGGUUUUCCCAGGAAAACGAAACCCCACAUUGAAGAUCUUAAAAAUUGUUCAGACAGAAAGCGAAAAAGCAGCAAAGCUUGCACAAAUUCAAAGAAAAAAGGCCAAAAAAAGAAGGUUUGCAACUUUGUACAACAACAAAUAUGGAAAUUUUCACCUACGCCGUUACCGGCGUUGGUUUCAUCGUGAUCGGAUUCUGGGAAUCCAUCAAUUCCUUAGACCCGACCCGAAACCCGAAUCCAACUCCAUCUUCUUCACCUUCAACCCAGAUCAAGUCUGCCUCUAUUUCAAAAACUAAAGAAAACUCAUUUCUCUGUUCAUCAUCUUUUAUCUUUGUAUCAGUCUUCUCCAUGUUGAUCUUCUUAAAUUCUCUGGUUUCAAUCUUUGAUGCUUUCAGUUCAAAGGAUCGGGUGGGGUUGGUGCUCCAAUUACAAGUACUCUCAAUUGCUCUGCUUUUAUUGCUUUACUCUGCUUUGGGUCUUUUAAAUAAUAAGAAAAGCUUAUGUUUUUGGCCUGAUUCUAUCCUUGAAUUAGUUCUGCUUUUAGCUUUUUUUGAAGAGUUUUUGUUAUAUUACUUGCAAAGGAAAGAUAAAAGUGGAAUUGAGAAUAGAUAUUUUGAUCUUUUAUGUGUUCCGAUAGCAAUUUGUGUGGUUUCUACAAUGCUAGAGUUGAGGUCAAAAAGGUCGGUUUACUCGAAAUUGGUACGAGGCAUUGGGUUGAUUUUACAAGGAACAUGGUUUGUGCAAAUGGGAUUAUCAUUUUACACUAAUUUGAUUGUUCAUGGAUGUAGUUUACAUGAAAAAAGUAGAGGGAAUUAUACUAUUAAGUGCAAAGGUCACCCUGAGUAUCAUAGAGGGAGAGCCAUUGCGACGUUGCAAUUUAAUUGCCAUCUUGCUUUACUUGUGGUUUUGGUUGUUGGGAUGUUGUCAAUUAUGGGUAAAAGAAAUGGUGUUGGUGUUUCGGGGGAUGGUUUGCCGUAUAGGCCACUAGGGGAAGAAAUGCAGAAUAUGGAUAAUAAUGUGGCGAAUUUUACUUUGAAUUCUGAUGAUGAUCUCGAUGAUGGGAUUAACGAAGAAGAAGAUGAUAGGGGGAAAGAAAAGGCAACUGUUGUGGAAUUGAGUGUCAGUGGUCAUGGUUCACAUGCUUGAGAUACAAAUUACAAGGGUAUGCUGGUCAGUGGAAGUCCAGCGAGAUAUCUGAUCUUGUUGAAUUAAUCAAGAGCUCAUAAUUACCUAAAAGCUGUCAAGAUGUGUACACCUUGGCUGUGGUUAGCAUCCAGUGGUGUGCGAUGGGCUAUCAUGUACUUAGGAUGCACAUAACACCAUUUCUAUAUAUGAGUCAUUUGUUGUGAGCCUUCAUUAAGUGGAAGAUUAGAGUUCAAGACCACUUAUUCUGCCAGCCUUUGAAUCUGCUGGGCUUUGAAUGCUUAAUCUCAAUGUCAAGCUGUAUCCAAUCAUAAUGAAAGGAUAGAAGAGUUAGACGUUAGGAAUGCCUCCUUGGUUUAUGAAGAUCUUGGGAUCAUAAAAUUGGAUGUUACGGUUUGAAAUGAUGCUCUUUUUGUUUCGGAAGUUUUAUGUUUAUGGCCUAACCUGUUUUGACCUCUUGCAUCUUGGAUGUGUAUUGGCACUAAGGGUUCUGCAUGCUCCUGGCUAUCAUGAUUCUCUUGAAGUUGCAUUCUUUCCAUCGUGCAUAUUUGACACUACAACAGGCAUUUUUAUAUUAUUCUGUUUUUCCUAAGAUGUUGAACUUGGAAAGCCUCCCUUUCUUUACUGGUAUUUUGAUGGUUAUGCAAAAAGUGUUGUGGUUGUUUGUCGUAAAACAUGCAAUUAUAGUAUGUGCAAUUUAAAGUUCUUUUGAGAAGGAAAGAAACCAAUGGAAGUAGUUAUUAUACCAAAUACCAAUGGAGUGUAAAUUUCAGAAUACAUAGUUAGCAGGCUGUACUCAAGGCUGCAUCACCUUGUGUAAAAUGAUUCUAUUGUUUUAUUUAAUGUAUCUAAUCCAAAAUUUUGAUGGAGUUGGAAUGGUUCUUGAAGUGGUUUUCCUGUAAUGUUGAUGAUGUAUUUGACAACUUUGGCUUGUACUAUUGUUUUUCUAGAUUGCCAAUGUAUGGAAUUGGAAUAGUUAGAUGAGCCCUCAAAUCUAAUCAGAGACAUGCAAAAGCUGUUAUAACCUCUAAUUAAUCCUCCAAUCCACUUCUUCCGACCCGUAAUUUCCUGGGAUCUUGCUAAAUG